UAAAUUUAACUCGGAAAUACAAUACAAUACGGUUGUAAUGAUACGAAUUCUGGUGGCAUAUAAACACAGAACAUCCGAUGAGUGGUUUUCCAAGCUGUUCUCAUCAGUAAUGUUGUGGAUGUCAUGCCUAGUGCUCUGGUGUUUUCGGAUAAGUUUGUUGGUGAAAUGGUUUUAACACAAAUUUUAAAUUUCAAUACGUUUCAGGUGGGAGUCUUCAUCAAAUCGCCACUCUCUUGAAAUCGAAAGUUUCCCACAAGUGUAAAUGGUACAAUGUGAAAAGGGUAAUGCGAUUCCUCGGCAGGGCGAGUAGUGAGCGCCUGUACCGCGAGCGCCACUUUUCCUCCCGGCGCUCGUCGUCCCGACGUCACUCCCUGAGGAAAAUAGAGGAGGAAUUGUCAACAGGAGGACCUGUUGCAGCACCUCUUCGUCGCACGCACUCGUUGCCUGACCUGACAUUCAAUUCUGGAAUGGACAUACUUAGAGGAGUUUACACAUUAACUACGGGAAACCAUAUUACAAUCGACUCUUUAAUACUAAGAUUACACAGCAACGCCACGGUUAUAUUGCUAGUGACUUUUUCCGUUGCCAUUACAACGAGACAAUACGUGGGGAACCCCAUAGACUGCGUUCACACAAGGGAUAUUCCAGAAGAAGUUCUGAACACAUACUGCUGGAUCCACUCGACUUACACAGUUCUAGAUGCUUUCAAAAGAAAUUCUCUCAACAAUGUUGCCUACCCAGGAGUGGAUAAUUCCUAUAAGAAGGAAGAAAAAUCACCUACAAAACAAGUCAGGUACUACCAGUGGGUGGCAUUCAUGUUAUUCUUUCAGGGUCUCGACCUACACAAAAACAGUAACACAAAAAGAUUGCAAGUAAGAGUCACUUUUGUCGAAAAAAUCGAGCAUAAAAAGUGCAUUUUGUGGGCAUCGCUGCCAUUUCCAAAGCAAACACAUACCCAGCAAUAACACCGUUUUCGCGAU